AUGUCCUCCGCGAACGAAGAAGACGGGAGCCCGUCCACCCAGACAGAUCUCCUUGACAAGAAUCGAGGUAAUCCAGAUGCAGCACGCAAGUUCCAUGAACUCAACCAAGCGUAUGAACUCCUCCUCGACCCGUUGCGCCGCAUGGCGCUCGAUGCAAAGAUGCGCAUCAAAGAAGCACGCAAGGCCCGGUUUGCCAAUUACGAUGCGAAACGCAAGGGCCUCGUCGAGGAGCUCGAAGAACGCGAGCGGGCGCUCAAGAAGGUGCGUGUGGAGAAGGAACAGGAGCAGAACCAGCUUUGGAAAGAGAACGAGCGCAUCAUGGAGGAGGGUAGAAAGAUUCGUGAGGAGCGUGAGAAAGAGCUGAGAAAGAAGGAGCUGGAGAGAGAAGAGACGGAGCGGAACGCUAGAGCCUGUUUAGAGCCUCCUGAGUUAGGCUCCCGCGACACAACUGUCAGGUUGAAAUACCCCCUCUCCGCACGUUCAUCCCUCACCACUCCCAAUACCAUCAGCGCCCUUCUAUCUCCCUUUGGUGCUGUUGACGAAGAGUUAAUCCUUAUGUCACUGAAACCCUCGCCGCCCAAAAAGCCAAAACGGGCAACAGUGCUCGUCCCGUUUCGUCAGAUCGGUGGUGCUUUCGCGGCGGUAUGCGCCAGUGGUCGCGCCGAGCGUGGACUUGCAGAUAUUGAAAUAGAUUGGGCAGAUGGAAAAGAACCAGAAUUAAUUGGGUGGCUGAAGAGAAUGGGCAAAUUGGGCGGUGGGCAAGCAGAGCGUCCAGAUUCGAUGAAGCACCAUAUCUCGCCUGCCCUGACGGCAUCCACAUUCAGAUCCACUCCAGCUACAAGUAAAGACAAGUUGAUCCCACCAACGUCCUCAUCAUUCACAACAUUUCCUUCCACUUUCCCUGACCUUGAUGCUGCGCCUCCGAUGCCUUCCUCUGCCAACUUAGGCAGCACGGCAGGGCUAGAUUACGAAUCUCUUACCCUCAUGCGACUCCGUCAAGCUGAACGCGAAAGACUGGAACGAGAGAUCAGGGAGCGCGAAGCGGAAGAAUGA